AUGGAAGAGCCAGCACCGGUGGAAGGCCAAGGCCAGCUCCCAAGCCCCCAACAGGGCUCUCUGAGGAAGGCUGUGGCUGCUGCCCUGGCCCUGGAUGCAGAAUCCACAAUGGGUCGCAGGAAAAAGAAAAAGAAAGAGUCCCGCCCAGAAUCUAUCAUCGUCUACCGAUCAGAGAAUGAGAAAACGGACGUGGAGCCCGGGGAAUCAGAAGGUGGAGAUGGGCCUAAAGAGGAGGAGGGAGACGAUUUCCUAGACUAUCCCGUGGAUGAUGGUAUGUGGAACAUGCCUUUGGAUAGCCGCUAUGUCACAUUAACCGGGACCAUCACACGAGGUAAGAAAAAGGGUCAGAUGGUGGACAUCCAUGUCACGUUGACAGAGAAGGAGCUGCAAGAAUUGACCAAGCCUAAAGAGUUGUCAAGGGAAACAACACCUGAAGGAAGAAAGGCCUGCCAGAUGGGAGCAGACCGCGGGCCACAUGUGGUUCUCUGGACGCUGGUCUGCCUGCCUGUGGUUUUCAUCCUCUCUUUCGUUGUUUCUUUCUACUAUGGCACUAUUACCUGGUAUAACAUCUUCCUUGUAUACAAUGAAGAGAGGACCUUCUGGCACAAGAUCUCAUGUUGCCCCUGCCUCAUUCUCUUCUAUCCAGUGCUCAUCAUGGCCAUGGCCUCUUCCCUGGGCCUCUAUGCAGCUGUGGUCCAGCUCUCGUGGUCCUGGGGAGCCUGGUGGCAAGCUGCCCGGGACAUGGAGAAAGGCUUCUGUGGCUGGCUCUGCAGCAAGCUGGGUUUGGAGGACUGUUCUCCCUACAGCAUUGUGGAGCUGCUUGAAUCUGACAAUAUUUCAGGCAAUCUCUCCCACAAGGACUCCACCCAGGAAGCAGAAACCUCCACUGUCUAAAGUCUCAACAACUUCCUUCCUUCUCCAGACCCAGUAGCCUAUAUAUCCUCUUAUAAUUCCAGUAGAUUCUUUCUUUAAGUUAUCUUCAGUCCCCCACAG